UGGGCUCAUGGGAAAUGUAGUACGAUUGUCUGCAACAUGGCGGCGUCCAGCUGGAUGCCAGGUACCCCAGACUGUAGAUGAAAGUCUUUCUGACUCCAAGACAUGCAGUAUUCCUAUGAAUAUCAAUCAUAAAGGUGUUUUGAAACUCAGUAAAAUGGAGAAGAAGUUCUUAAGAAAACAGAGUAAAGCCAGGCAUGUGUUGCUGAAACAUGAAGGAAUCCAGGCAGUGUCUUAUCCUACUCAGAGCCUGGUUGUUGCCAAUGGUGGUCUGGGUAAUGGCGUGAGUAGGAAACAACUGCUCUUGACUUUAGAGAAAUGUGGACCCGUGGAGGCGCUCCUCAUGCCACCUAAUAAGCCAUAUGCAUUUGUAAUAUUCCAAACUGUUGAAGAAUCCAAGAAAGCCUAUUCUACCCUCAAUGGAAAAGAAAUCAUUGAUGAUUUGGGGCAGAAGAUCUUUCUGUACUUGAAUUUUGUUGAAAAAGCACAAUGGAAAAAAAUAGGACUUCAAGCCUUACCUCCAGGCCUUUUGGUGGUAGAAGAAAUUAUUUCUUCUGAGGAGGAGAAAAUGCUUUUGGAAAUUGUUAAUUGGACAGGAGAUACAGGCAAUCAGAAUUUUCAAAGAUCCUUAAAACACAGAAGAGUAAAACAUUUUGGUUAUGAAUUUCACUAUGAGAGCAACACUGUGGAUAAAGAUAAGCCCUUACCUGGGGGUCUUCCUGAGAUUUGCAGUAGCAUUUUGGAGAGAUUGUUGAAAGAAGGUUAUAUUAAACAUAAACCAGACCAGUUGACUAUAAAUCAAUAUGAGCCUGGGCAUGGAAUUCCUGCCCAUAUUGACACGCAUUCUGCAUUUGAAGAUGAGAUUAUUUCUCUCAGUUUGGGGUCAGCGAUUGUUAUGGAUUUCAAGCACCCAGAGGGUGUCACAGUACAAGUUAUGUUACCUCGUCGGAGUUUACUGGUGAUGACAGGAGAAUCUAGAUACCUUUGGACUCAUGGAAUUACACCUCGAAAAUUUGACACUGUCCAAGCAUCUGAGCAGUUCAAAGGUGGAAUAAUCACCAGUGACAUCGGGGACUUGACUUUAAGCAAGAGGGGACUGCGGACCUCGUUCACCUUUAGGAAAGUGAGGCGGGUGCCCUGCAAUUGUAGUUACUCCUCAGUCUGCGACAGACAGAGGAAGGCCUCUCCUCCGUCCCUUCCGGAGAGCAGUAAAGAAGCAUUGGAGCUAGAGCAAAAGCAUGUCCAUCAUGUGUACGAUGAGAUUGCGAGUCACUUCAGCAGCACGAGGCAUAGCCCAUGGCCACGCAUUGUAGAGUUCCUGAAAGCUUUGCCAAGUGGUUCCAUAGUGGCCGACAUUGGAUGUGGAAAUGGAAAGUACCUUGGCAUCAACAAGGAGUUAUAUAUGAUUGGGUGUGACCGUAGCCAGAACCUUGUGGACAUUUGUAGAGAGAGGGAGUUCCAGGCCUUAGUCUGCGAUGCACUGGCUGUUCCUGUCAGAAGCGGGUCCUGUGAUGCUUGCAUCUCUAUUGCUGUCAUUCACCACUUUGCAACUGCAGAGCGCAGAGUGGAAGCUCUCCAAGAACUUGCCCGUCUCCUGAGACCUGGUGGGCAGGCCCUUAUUUAUGUCUGGGCAAUGGAACAAGAAUAUAAAAAUCAGAAGUCCAAGUAUCUUAAAGGAAACAGAAUUAGCCAAGGAGAUAAAGAUAAGCUAAACAGUGACACAUCCACGGAGGAACUGGUGGUAAAUCAAAUGCCUGAGGGAGUCAGUGAAGACCCAGCACUGUCUGUCCACCCCAGUAAUAACACCAAGGAAGAAGAGUAUAAGUCAAGGAAAGUUCCUAAGUCUGAGCUUCCUAUUCAUACAAAUCGGACCCGUUUUCAUUCCCAAGAUGUGCUGGUUCCCUGGCACCUCAAGGGAAACCCUGGCAAAGACAAAGCUGUUGAACCAUCUGGCCUAGCAGGAUGUCCUGACCCAAGUCCCGUGUUUCAUCGUUAUUACCAUGUUUUCUGUGAUGGAGAACUGGAAGCUUCCUGCCAGGCUGUGGGUGAUGUUAGCAUUCUGCAGAGCUAUUACGAUCAAGGGAAUUGGUGUGUUGUUCUUCAAAAGGUCUGAUCAUUUAUCUGAACAUAUCAUGUGUAAGGGGAAAAAAUGCCUUUUCAAAAAUCUGUUUUUGAAAAGAAAACUAAGUUAUCUGUUUAAAUAAUGAGGAAAUUUGGGGAAUGUUAACAAAUGAGAACUGAAAACAGAGAUACUUAGGAAACAUUUGGUCUGUUCCCAUUAUCUGACUUCAUAAAUGUAGGUUCCUCUUAUAUGUCUUGUAAGUACAGAGUAUGGUGUUUGACAUUAACUUGUGAAAAGUCUGUGAUGUUUGUGUAAGUGUAUAUAUAGCAUUUGAAG